CAUACAGAUAAAAUAGGAUGGCAACGGAUAUAGCAAAGGACAAAAAUAGUCUAGGAUUUGGGUGUGAUUCGUUUUUUAUUUUUUUCUUUUUUUUUAAGUCCCUCUAAUUUGCUUCUUCUUCUCUUCAACUUAUAUAGAGAAGAAUAUCGAGUGAGAGAUUGAGGGAGAGGGGGGAAGAGAGAUCACUUAAAUCGAGUUGUUCUGGGGAAAAGGAUACUAGAGAAGAAAACCCACUUGGGGCUCUUACUAAAAGAGGCUGAGAAUGAACAUAUCAGCAUCUCAAUGCAGUAGUGGGUGUGAAUCUGGUUGGACUCUGUACUUAGAUCAAUCCUCCAGCUCUGCAAACGAAUGCCGGAGAGCUGGGAGAGUUGUUGAUGAAGAUUGUGGAAGAAAAAAUGCAGAAGUGGGUCAGCAAGAUGAAGAAGAGGAUCUAUCCAUGGUCUCUGAUGCAUCAUCCGGGCCUCCCCAUUUCCAUGAAGAUGAAAACUGCUUUUCCCAAGCAGCCAAGAAGAGCCAAAAGAAAAAGAUCAAAGACCCCUGCACCAAACAGCAGCAUUCCUCUCUUGAUGACACUGCUAGUUCCCCUGUAUUAAGCUUUUCCAAGAAGAAGUUUUCUCCUACCAGUGAUCAAGGUUCAAUGGAGCAUGGCUUGGAUUUCUCACAGGGCUUUUCUGCAACACAUUUUAAAGGGAAAUCUGCAUUUCAGAAGCAUAUUGGUUUCUUCAAAUCCUCAUUUGCAGACAAACCACCUUCAGACCAACCAGGUGGCUGUGAAGGAAGAGAGUGGGAAUGAGAUAUGACACAUGGAAUUUCCAAUAAUAUCUUGUAUCUUUGCCACUGGAAUUGCGCAACACAGAGAAAUGCAAGGGUUGUAAAAGAAAAAGGAUAAUGAAUCUCAAAGGGAUCCUGCUCCUUACUUUUGCUCUUUUUCUUUUUCUAUUUGUCUUCUAUUUUAUAUGUGUCAAUGAAGUGGGAAACAACCUGAGAACAUAAAAGUUAAAUAAAUUUCCUAUUUCUAAUUUCUA